AGACAUUGUGGUUUCAAGUACUGUCUUAUCAGUAUUGUUCUAUUUCGUUGAAACUCGCAUACAAUUUAUUAUUAUGAAAAUCAUGUGACAAGAGUUUGUGAGACCAGCAGCUACGGGCAACGUUAGUAUUCUCAGUCAAGGUGCGUGUAAUCCACGGAUUUAACAUAAGCUGUUCAAUUGGAUAAGACUUAAAAAAUAGAAACAUGGGGGCCAUGUUUCGAAGUGAAGAGAUGGCCUUGGCCCAACUCUUCAUACAACCAGAAGCUGCCUAUUAUUCGGUUUCAGAAUUGGGAGAGACUGGAUGCGUGCAAUUUAGAGAUUUAAAUGAACAUAUAAAUGCAUUCCAAAAGAAAUUCGUAAACGAAGUAAGAAGAUGCGACGAAAUGGAAAGAAAAUUGCGUUACAUCGAAUCAGAAGUAAAAAAAGACAACGUAAACAUUCCCGAUGUAACCGAGUUACCAAAAGCUCCAAUUCCAAGAGAAAUUAUCAAUUUAGAAGCUCACUUAGAAAAAACCGAAGGAGACAUCAAGGAGCUCUCCGAAAGUGCUAUAAACUUGAAGGUAAACUAUCUAGACCUCACAGAGUUAAAACACGUUUUGGAGAAAACACAAACUUUCUUCAACGAGCAAGAGGAGGUAAACGGUAUGGAUACGAGCCACACCAGAGCUUUAAUCACUGAAGAUGCCCAAAACAUCUCCAUUAGAGGCAGGCUUGGCUUUAUCGCUGGGGUUAUCAGCAGAGAAAAAGUUCCGCCUUUCGAAAGAAUGUUGUGGAGAAUUUCCAGAGGAAAUGUAUUCUUGAGGCAAGCUGAAAUCGCUAAGCCCUUGGAAGACCCAAAUACAGGUAACGAAAUCUACAAGACCGUUUUUGUCGCAUUUUUUCAAGGCGACCAACUGAAAACAAGAAUAAAGAAAGUUUGUGCUGGUUUCCAUGCAUCUCUUUAUCCUUGCCCACAUACUCAGCAGGAACGCGAUGAAAUGCUCAAAGGAGUCAGGACACGUCUGGAGGAUCUUAACCUGGUACUUAAUCAAACCAGAGAUCACCGUCAAAGAGUCUUGGUGACUGUGGCAAAAGAGCUUCAAAACUGGAGCAUAAUGGUUAGCAAAAUGAAAGCAAUUUACCACACUUUAAACUUCUUCAACAUGGACGUAACCAAAAAGUGCCUUAUCGGUGAAUGCUGGGUACCAGCCGAGGACAUUCCAAUUGUACAGAAAGCUUUAUCCGAUGGAUCUAGCGCUUGUGGCAGUUCUAUUCCAUCAUUUUUGAAUAUCAUUGAUACCAACGAGAACCCACCAACAUUUAACAGAACCAAUAAGUUCACAAGAGGCUUCCAAAAUUUGAUUGACGCCUAUGGGGUGGCUUCCUAUAGAGAGGCUAAUCCAGCUUUGUAUACAAUUAUAUCAUUUCCAUUUUUGUUCGCUGUGAUGUUCGGGGACGUUGGCCACGCUCUCAUAAUGUUAAUGUUCGGAAUUUGGAUGAUAUCUUCUGAGAAAAAAAUCGCCGCACAGAAAGGCAAGAGCGAAAUUUUUUCCAUCUUUUUCGGCGGCAGGUACAUCAUACUACUCAUGGGAUUAUUUUCGUUGUACACUGGUUUCAUAUACAACGAUAUUUUCUCCAAGUCUAUGAACAUCUUCGGUUCCGGAUGGACUAAUUUUUCGAAUAUUAGAGAAGAAAGCAUUACAAACGGCGGGGAAAUGACAAGCAUUCUGGAUAUAGACCCCGACUUCCAAUACAAAGGGUAUCCGUAUCCCUUUGGAGUUGAUCCUAUUUGGCAGGUCGCCAAAAACAAGAUUAUCUUUUUAAAUUCGUUCAAAAUGAAGCUGUCCAUCAUUAUUGGCGUUACUCACAUGAUUUUUGGUGUCUGCAUGAGUACUGUUAACAUGGUGCAUUUCAAGAAAUACUCCAGCUUAUUCUUAGAAUUCCUGCCCCAAGUAAUCCUUCUGAUAUUCUUGUUCUUCUACAUGGUUGUCAUGAUGUUGAUGAAAUGGAUAAAAUACGAAUCGAACCACGCACUAGAUGACGAACACAUUAAAAUCGGUUCAUCUUGUGCACCAUCAGUAUUGAUUUACUUCAUCAACAUGAUGCUGAUGAAAGAAGACGAAAAGAACGGCGAGGAAUGUGAUGUACAUAUGUUUGAAUUCCAACCUAUUCUUCAGAAGAUUUUGGUAUUCGGAUCACUUAUCUGCAUACCAGUUAUGCUGCUAGGAAAACCACUGUACAUUCAAUUCACCAGAAAACGCAAACCCGAAGACGAAGAGAAACCACAGAAAAUCAAAACUAAUGGAGAUGUUAAUCAAGGAAUGGAGAUGGAUGAAGUUACAAAGGAGGAAUUGCCUCGUCCUUCAACCGGUGGGCAACAUCACGAAGAAGAAGAGGAACCAAUGAGUGAAAUUUAUAUUCAUCAAGCCAUUCAUACUAUUGAAUACGUAUUGAGUACAGUAUCCCAUACUGCUUCCUAUCUACGUUUAUGGGCUUUAUCACUUGCUCAUGCCCAGUUAUCUGAGGUAUUAUGGCAAAUGGUGUUACAAAAAUCCUUUAUCUUGAGCGGGUACAUCGGAGCUAUUUUCCUUUUCAUCAUAUUUGGCGCUUGGGCUGUUUUAACAGUCGCCAUUUUAGUAUUGAUGGAAGGUCUUUCGGCUUUCUUACAUACACUUCGUCUUCAUUGGGUGGAGUUUAUGAGCAAGUUUUACAGUGGUUUGGGUCAUUCAUUCCAACCAUUUUCAUUUAAGGUUCUUUUAGAUGAAGAAGAAGCAGAAAAUUAAUUUUGUUGAGCAAUAAAUUUGUUUUAUAGUUUUAAUAAUUUAGUGUACUAUAUUUUAAUUACAAUAAAAGUACCGCAAUUAC